AUGGGCCAAUGGUGUUCAACUCAAGGACCACCGAAAGCCCCUUUUUUUUCAAGGCGGAAGUCUACUCGUGAUGAUACUCUGCGUGGACUCCUUGACGAGGGUAAUCCGAUGCGCAAGUUUGCUAUGUGGACAGCGGGAUCUAAAAAGGUAACCUCUAAGAAGAGGAUGCGAAGCGAUUUAGAAUUGCAAGGUAGCGAUGAGGCACCGAGCAAGGGUAUUGGACAGCCACCGAAGAAGAAGACCAAGUACGCUGUAGCAGCUUUGAUAAACCGAGAUGUCUGCAAAGGGUCCCUUGCUCUCAACCACACGUACAUUGCAGAGGAGCUCCGAGCCAUGUACAAGGCCGCUCGGUCAAAAAGUACACCCUCAAAUAAGAAGUGCCAUUGGCCUGGCACCGAAACCGUUCUUCAUCUCGCACGAAUCAAUCACAAACUUAUCGUUCAUGAAAACCCGGUGGGCCUCUCAGUCAGACAUUUGAUUGAUGUUCCCAUCAAGAAAAUGUCGAUCGAUGAUACCUGGCUUGUCCUUCGAGGAUUGAAGAACAAGUGGAUCGAUUUAGUUGAGCAUCAAUUUGACUCUCUUCCAAAACCGACUCAUGCACGUAAGCAACAGAAACAAAAGGAGACGGGAGCUUCAGCCACUAUUGUGAGAGAGGAGGAGAAGGAAGAGGAAGAGGGGGAAGAGGAGGAAGAGGAGGAGGAAGAUGACGAAGAUGAAGAGGAGGAGGAAGGGGAAGACGAUGAAGAUGAAGAAGACGAGGACGACGAUGAAGACGAGGACGACGACGAAGAUGAUUAUUGA